CGGCUACCGCAUGCAUUAUGGCUAUCGGUGAACGGGUACGGUUUCGUACCACCAAAUUCUGUUUUGAGCUAACUGGAUUACUUCCCCUGAAAAAUGGCGGAAUUUAGUAAUGUGCAAGAUGCAUACGAAAAUUUAAGGCAACACGAGUUGCAGACCAACAGCAGAUAUGCUUCUUCUAAGGUUACAAAGGAUUUCGGAAAGAUUGAGGAAAAGGACUUCAUUUGUUUACCCAGAACUUACUAAGAAGAAGAAAAGUGCCGAUGAAGUGUACUGUGUUUGUAGGAGGAAAUACAAGAAAAGUGAAUGCAUGUGGUGUUGCGAUUCAUGCACUGAAUGGUUCCAUCCAAAAUGUAUUGGUAGAGAUGACGAAGAGGAACCACCCAGAAAUGAAACGUCAUUCCUGUGCAAGCCUUGUCUGACUGAGCAAUUGAAAGAAUGGUCUGUAGAUGGAAUAGAAUCACUUCUUGGUUCUACUGUCGAUGAAGAAGAUUUAGACGAAGAGGAUUUUUUGAUCAAAAUGGAGGAAGUACAGAAGCAUAUGAGGGAGGCAUAUGCACGAUGUUGGUAUCUAGUCCGUCUUGAAGGAAAUAGAAGCUACAUGCCUUGGAUGAAGCGACACAUAAUGUUCACAAAACAGAGAGGCUUACCACAUUCACAAGGAUUUGGGGAAGCUUUGUUCAGUCCACAGGCCAUUUGUAUGAUAAAGGUGAAUUUAAGAAAAAGAUUCCAAAAGUUGAAAGAUUCCAGUUCAAUCUAUUCAGUGCAUUAUGUGAUACCGUCUGUUGCAAAUGAGGAUUUGAAAUCUUUUUUCGAAGAGGAAACAGGUCAAUCGGAGAACUAUAUUUAUAAAGUGAUGGUGAAGGAGGCAAUGAUAACAAUAAUGCAGGAGGCCAUAGGUGACGAAUAUGAAAAUGUGGACGUGGAGCUGCGGAAAACAGAGGGGAAAACUACAAAUAAAUCCAAUUCACUUCUGUUGAAUUAUAUCAUGAACGACAGAGAAAAGUACAUCCAAUUACACAAGAGGAAUUAAUGCUGAUCUGCUCCAUUACAAGUUAUUUGUGACACUAUAUUGAUCUGAAUUCAUACGACUAGAGGUCGUUAAAGUCAAGUACCCAGGACUUUUAUUUUCCCUGCUGUAACAAUUGCUCUACAUUGUCUAAUAUGUUGAAAGAUUUAUUUCACGUGACCAUGCAGUUGAAAGAUGUUACACCAUAUGUUCUUCAUGAUUGUGCGUGAUCAUGCAAGUGUGUUGAUUGGAAAUAAGUUAUUGCAGAAUUAUAUUCCCUCAUUUCAAGUGCACCAUUUAACUACUGCAUGGACUGUCGUGACAAUUUGCAUGGGUUUCCUUGGAUUAAAUUCAUAUUCAAAUAAAUGUUUAGAAUUGGAUAUGAUUGUAACUUUUCUGCACGGCUGAUAUUAAUAUAAAGUUUUUUAUAUGUAUUGCAGUCAUUUCUGAUUAACUCUUAUUGUACCCCCCGACAGCAAAGUUGUAAGGGGGGGUAUACUGGUUUCAGGUUGUCUGUCUGUCUGUCUGUCUGUCCGUCUGUCUGUCCGUCUGUCCGUAGACGCAAUCUUGUGCGCACCAUCUCUCCUUAUCCCCUUGACAGAAUUUAAUGACACUUCACACAAGUGAUCAGUACCAACAGUAGUUGUGCAUGGGGCAUGUUAGGUUCUUUUAGAAAAAAAAUUUGCAGAGUUAUGGGACUUUGUUUUUUGUUACUAUACUAUAUACAUAGACACAAUCUUGUGCGCACCAUCUCUCCUCAUCCCCUUGACACAAUUUAAUGAAACUUCACACAAGUGAUCAGUACCAACAGUAGUUGUGCAUGGGCAUGUUAGGUUCUUUUAGAAAAAAAAUUUGCAGAGUUAUGGGACUUUUUUUUUUUUGUUACUAUACUAUAUACAUAGACACAAUCUUGUGCGCACCAUCUCUCCUCAUCCCCUUGACACAGUUUAACGAAACUUCACACAAGUGAUCAGUACCAACGUAGUUGUGCAUGGGGCAUGUUAGCUUCUUUAGAAAAAAAAUUUGCAGAGUUAUGGGACUUUUUUUUUUUUUGUUACUAUACUAUAUUAUAGACACAAUGUUGUGCGCACCAUCUCUCCUCAUCUCCUUGACACAAUUUAAUGAAACUUCACACAAGUGAUCAGUAACAACAGUAGUUGUGCACGGGGCAUGUUAGGUUCUUUCAGUGACAAAAAUUGCAGAGUUAUGGACUUCGUUUCUUGUUAACAUACUAUGUACAUACAGUCUGCAUAUGCAAUCUUGUGCAUGCCUAAUCUACCAAACCCUUGCACACAAUUUAAUGAACACAAGUGAUCAGUACCUGAACCCUAGUUGUGCAUGGUGCAUGUUACAUUCUUUUAGAUAAAUAUUCUGCAUAGUUAUGGGACUUUGUUUUUUGUUACUAUACUGUAUACAUACAGUCUAUAUAUAUAUAGUCCACAUAAUUAUGCAAUCUUGUGUGCGUCAAAUUGCAAUGUACUGUGUCAGUGCAUGCGGGGGGUACAUUCAUCACCUUUAGUGAUAGCUCUAGUUAUUUUGGGAAUUCCCAAUUAACAGCAUUUUUGUUGCCAAUAUAAUAUCUGAAAUUUUUAUAUGGUUUGUAUAGUAAGGCAGUCCAGUUUGCAUAUGGGUUAUUUGUAAACAUAUUUUUGCAAAUGCCCUGCAGAAGUAAGAUUUGGAAGCUUACUUUAAACCGAUAUCCUACUCCAUAUAGAAAUAAAAUUAAACUUUUAUACUGUAUUUAAACAUGAUAUGUAAAUGUACAAAACAUGUUUUAGACUUAUCUGUCAAUUGUUAAAAGGUGUAUGUCCCUUUGAAUAUACAUGCAUGUCAGUUCGAUUAUUAAUUGCCUUUACUAUCUGACAAAUAAAUUUGAAAAAACGAA